CCAACAUCGCAACGACACUUCACUUCUUUGAUACCCACGUCUUUUCUAAGCAGAUUUCCUGCUUCCUUGAGGACCAGAGGACCGUGAAGACGCAAAAACCUGUUUCGUAACACCCCGAAAUCCUGAAGCAUGACGGAGGUGAUUAGAGACGAGGAUACUCGCAGGCGCAUUAGGCUCGCGGAGGAAUUUCUAGAUCCACAGGAUGUUUCUGCGCGAAGCUAUCGUCCAGACAUCCUGGUGAUGCUGAAUCGAGGGUUAAGAAGGCUCACAGUCAGCUUGGACGAGAUCAGGUCGCACAAUCGCGAAUUGGCCGAUGGACUGCUCAACGAGCCCUUCGACUUCGUAAAAGCCUUCGAUAGUGCCCUCAAGGCCGUGGUCAAAACCCUGCCGGAUCGACCUAAAAGCGAGACCUCGGAGGAUGUCGUAUACUACUGCGCCUAUAUCGGCAGCUUUGGCGAAUUCGCAUGCAAUCCGCGCACGCUGAGCUCGAACCAGCUAAACCGUAUGGUGUCGCUGGAAGGAAUUGUGACUAAGACGUCUCUUGUGCGGCCGAAGGUUGUCAAGAGUGUUCACUAUAGCGAGAAUAAACAGAAGUUUCACUCUAGGGAGUAUAGGGAUCAGACCAUGACCAUGGGUGCGGCCAGCACGAGCGUGUAUCCGACUGAGGAUGAUGAUGGGAACCCAUUGACCACGGAAUACGGCUACUGCAUCUAUAGGGACCACCAAGUCGUUUCCAUCCAAGAAAUGCCCGAGCGCGCCCCUGCAGGCCAGCUUCCACGUUCCGUCGAUGUGAUCUUGGAUGACGAUCUCGUCGACCGUGUCAAGCCGGGCGAUAGAAUCCAGCUCGUGGGCAUCUACCGCUCGCUCGGUAACCGCAAUGCUUCUUCUGGCAGUUCAACCUUCCGCACAUUGCUCCUCGCAAACAAUGUCAUUCUGCUCUCUUCGAAGGCGGGUGGCGGUAUUGCUCAGGCGCCAAUCACCGACACCGAUAUCCGGAACAUCAAUAAGAUUGCGAAGAACAAGCGGGUCUUUGAGCUCCUGUCACAGUCGCUUGCCCCAUCCAUCUACGGCCACGAUUACAUCAAGAAGGCUAUCCUGCUCAUGCUCCUGGGUGGUCAGGAGAAGAACCUGGAUAAUGGUACCCACCUGAGAGGAGACAUCAACAUACUCAUGGUCGGUGACCCCUCCACUGCGAAAUCCCAGCUGCUCCGCUUCGUCCUCAACACGGCUCCUCUUGCAAUUGCUACGACUGGUCGUGGCUCCUCAGGCGUCGGUCUCACUGCAGCCGUCACACAGGACAAAGAGACGGGCGAGCGACGUCUGGAAGCAGGUGCCAUGGUCCUCGCUGACCGCGGCGUGGUCUGUAUCGAUGAAUUCGACAAAAUGUCCGAUGUCGAUCGCGUAGCUAUUCACGAAGUCAUGGAGCAGCAAACCGUUACGAUCGCCAAAGCAGGAAUCCACACUUCGCUCAACGCUCGCUGCAGUGUCGUUGCGGCAGCCAAUCCCAUCUUUGGGCAGUAUGACAUCCACAAAGACCCCCAUCGCAACAUCGCGCUUCCAGAUUCGCUACUCUCCCGUUUCGAUUUGCUCUUUGUUGUAACAGAUGACAUUGAAGAUGCCCGGGACCGCCAGAUCUCAGAACACGUCCUCCGCAUGCAUCGUUACCGUCAACCCGGCACUGAGGAAGGUGCUCCCGUCCGUGAAGAAGGCGCGCAGCUUCUCGGAGUCGGCCUUGACAUCGACACGGAGAGCAACCGUCCCACCGAAGUCUACGAGAAAUUCAAUCCUAUGUUGCACUCAGGCGUAACAGUUACGGUGGGUCGUGGCUCCUCGCGCCGAACAGAAGUCCUCAGCAUUCCCUUUAUCAAGAAAUUCAUUCAGUACGCCAAGCGUGAGAAACCUAUUCUUACGAAGGGGGCAGCGGACCACAUUGUAGCCGCAUACUCCGCUCUUCGCAACGAUGAGCUCGACUCCGGUACCCGUCGUACCUCGCCUAUUACCGCACGUACGCUAGAAACGCUAAUCCGUCUCUCGACCGCGCACGCUAAAGCCCGUCUGUCUAAGCGCGUGGAGCAAAAAGACGCAGACGUCGCCGAGCAAAUCCUUCGUUUUGCACUCUUCAAAGAGGUCGUCGAGGCAGAGCGCCAUAAGCGGAGGAGAAUAGCCCGCGAUCCCGAUGCCAUGUCCACAGAUGACGAUAGCUCUGGACCUGAUGAUGAGGAUGGCGAUGAAGCUCGCCAGACUACGCCUCCACACCGUAGUGGUGGGCCGAGUACUCGGAGCCAGCGCUCUGGAGGAAAAAGCGGGUCAACACCUGCUAAUAAUGACGACGACAAUGAUGAAGACGACAACGAUGAUCUGUACAGACUAACACCGCGUACUCAACGCACAACUAAAUCCUCAACGCGCGGGCCAACGCAAAACCAAUCUUCGUCCCAAGUCUCCGCUGCCUCCUCCCUACCGGCCUCACAACUACCAGCUACGCAACUUGAGUCUCAAUCACAAUCGCAAUCUGGCAUCACACCGGCCCGUCUCCAAGUCUUCCAGACUGCACUCGGUCAACUUAUUGACGGCCCGUUGUUUGCAAACGAUGCCGCCGAUGUGGAGCCUCUUGUUGCGGCAGUGAAUGCGAGGGUCGGAAGCGGAGCUGGCAGACACGCGUUUGAAACGCAGGAGGCGGAAAGCGCGCUGGAGACGUUGAGUGAGAGGAAUAAGAUUAUGUAUUCUGGUGGGAUUGUGUACAAGAUCUAAGAUGGGUUGGUUUGGGCAUUGUCAUGGCUGCGGCGAAUGAAUAUGUGCUGCAAGGUAAAGGAGUGCUGUAGCUGGAGUAUAUGGAGUCCUUGGGGGGUGGCUUCUGGACUGGGUUAUGACCUGUGAUGUGGAGGACAGGAUGAGUACGGAGGGAUGAUGGUGCAUCUUUGGAGUUAGACCUUUUUUUGGUAUGCAGAACCUAGGC